UUGUCAACAGUGUCAUGCGUAAGGACAUGAUUUCUCAUGUUGUGCAAUUUAUAUCUCUGUAAAACGUAAUAACAUUCACCUUUUAUAUUGAUAAACAUCAUCUAUAUAUAUAUUUACACAAUUACACAAAGUUGCAAACAAGUGCCUGAUAGGAUAUCAAGAUGCGGCUCGUGGAUUCGCCGAAACUUUUACAACUUCAAAACAAACCUUCGAAUAUCCGCAAUAUUUGCAUCGUGGCCCACGUGGACCAUGGGAAGACUACGCUGGCAGACUCCCUGAUAUCGAGUAAUGGCAUCAUAUCGCAGAGAAUGUCUGGGAAACUGCGUUAUAUGGAUAGUAGGCCAGACGAACAACAGCGAGGUAUUACAAUGAAAAGCAGUAGUAUCUCGCUGUACCAUGCUGCUAACGAGCAAGAAUAUCUGGUAAACUUGAUCGAUUUUGGCCACAUUGAUUUUUCGAGUGAAGUGUCCACUGCAGUUAGGUUAUGUGAUGGUGCAAUUGUUGUGGUAGAUGUGGUGGAAGGUGUAUGUCCACAAACAAGACUUGUACUGAAACAAGCAUACUUGGAAAAUAUAAAGGCUGUUUUAGUGUUGAAUAAAAUUGACCGUCUUAUUGUGGAGAUGCAGUUAACACCUCUGGACGCGUAUGUGCAUUUGACUCAAGUUUUGGAACAAGUUAAUGCUGUCAUGGGUGAAUUGUUUGCCACAGAAGUAUUUGAGAAUGAAGAAACUACUAUCGGAAAACAGCAAGAGAAAGAAAAGCUCAACAAAGAAGAUAAUAAUUUCUAUGAUUGGACAUCUGCAUUGGAAGAUGCUGAUGACUCUCACCUAUACUUCUCACCUGAACAAGGAAAUGUUGUGUUUGCCAGUGCCGUUGAUGGAUGGGGUUUCACAGUGCACACAUUUGCAAAAUUAUUCUCUGACAAACUGGGUGUUAAAGAAGAAUUGUUAAGCAAAGUGCUAUGGGGCGAUUUCUACUUAAAUACCAAAACCAAACGUUUUAUGAAAGGUGCACAAGAGAAAGCUAAGAAGCCACUUUUUGUUCAAGUUGUGCUAGAUAACUUAUGGAAUGUUUAUGAAACCAUUGUAAUGAGGAAUGAAAAGGAAAAAGUGCCAGUUAUUUGUGAAAAACUUGGUGUCAAGUUAACAACAAGAGAUCUAAGGCAUACAGAUUCGCGAGUCCAACUGCAAUCUUUAAUGGUUCAAUGGCUUCCUUUAUCAUACACUGUACUUAACAUGGUAUGCAAGAAACUUCCGUCCCCUAAAGAAUUAAUUCCUGAAAAAGUAGAAAGGCUAAUGUGCUCAAGGAUACGCGACUUCGAUUCAUACUUACCAGAGACACAGAAAUUAAAGGAGGACUUUUUGGCGUGUGAUAGUAAUGAAGACAGACCUCUAAUAAUUUUCAUAUCAAAAAUGUUUAGUGUUGAUAAAAGCAUGUUACCAGAAAACAAACCGAAAGCAUUAACUCCGGAAGAAAUGGCAUUGAGGAGAGAAAGAGCGAGACUUUUAAGAGAAGAGAGAAAAAAUAAUGCAAAUGAUGAAAUAGUUCCUAUGGAUGAAAAGAAAGAACCAGAAAGCAGUGAAAUUAUUGAAGAUGAAAAAGAAAAAGAUGUAGAUCAGCCGGCAUUUAUAGCAUUUGCUAGAAUAUUUAGUGGUAAAGUGCGGAAAGGAGAUAAAGUUUAUGUGUUGGGACCAAAACAUGAUCCUUCUAAAGUGCUUAACAUAAAAGACAUUGCUAUAGAUAGUAACAAAAAAUUAAAAGAUUUACACAAUGAUGAACAUGUUACUUGUACAGAAAUCAAAUCACUGUAUAUUCUUAUGGGAAGAGAAUUAGAAGAAAUAGAGGAAGCAAUUGCUGGGAAUAUAAUAGGUAUUGGAGGUUUAGAAGACCAUGUCUUAAAAACUGCAACGCUUAGCAGUACUAUAGCUUGUCCGGCGUUCAGUGAGAUACAGUCUUCAGUAGUACCUAUACUCAGAGUGGCGUUAGAACCCACGUAUCCUUCGCAGCUACCGCAACUUGUCAAAGGUCUCAAACUACUAAAUCAAUCGGAUUCGUGUGUACAAGUGUUAUUGCAAGAAACAGGCGAGCAUGUAAUAGUGACUGCUGGUGAAGUACAUUUAGAGAGAUGCCUUGAAGAUUUAAGAAAUCACUAUGCCAAAAUUCCAAUAACGGUCUCAGAACCAAUCGUACCAUUCAGAGAAACCGUAGUAGAACCUCCGAAAAUAGACAUGGCGAAUGAAGAAAUAGAAACACAAAAGGUCGAUAAGACUAUCACAAAAGAGGACCCAGUCAUAACUGUAUACACAAACAAUAAACAAAGUAGAAUACAGAUAAGAGCAAAACCUAUUCCUAACGAAAUUACCACACUCUUAGACAAGUCCUCGGAUUUACUGAAAGCAGUAUCACAGCAUAUAAAGACACUGCAGACGAUAGCGAAGAAUAAAAAAUUAGAAACACAAUUAGAAGGAUUAUAUCUAAAUGGUACAAAACAUAAACUGUCCGAUCGAAUGUUGAAAUUAGUGCAAAAUUUCAUCGAUGAAUUGCAAAACAUUUGCGCCAAACUUGGUCCCGAAUGGAAGGAUUUGGUGAACCAAAUUUGGUCUGUUGGUCCAAGGUAUUGUGGACCUAAUAUGCUGUUGAAUCGGACGUCGGAUUAUAGUACGAAAUAUUUGCAUUACGAUAAUGAGAUUAAAGAUGAUCCGAGGUUCGAGUAUGAGGGUAGUUUUGUAAACGGAUUCCAAUUGGCGACUUUGGCUGGACCGUUAUGUGAAGAGCCAAUGAUGGGUGUGGCCUUUUGUGUCGAAGAGUGGACGUUGGAGAAAUCCCCGGCGGAUGAUGUUGCACAAACAUUUGGACCAUUGUCUGGUCAAAUCGUGUCAGCAGUAAAGGAUGGUUGCAGAAGAGCAUUCCAGGUGCAACCACAGAGGCUCAUGGCGGCAAUGUAUUCGUGCGAUAUCGCCGUCGAUCAGAAAGUACUAGGUAAACUGUACGCGGCACUGGGCCGCCGUGGUGGGCGCGUCGUCGGCAGCGACUUGCAGACCGGCUCGGCUUCGUUCAGGGUGCAAGCCCUACUGCCCGUAGCGGAGAGCUUCAAGUUCGCGCUCGAACUGCGAACGCACACGUCAGGGUUGGCAGCACCGCAGAUGUUGUUCAGCCAUUGGGAGGUAAUCGACAUAGACCCGUUCUGGCGUCCGCGAACUGAAGAAGAAUAUCUCCACUGGGGCGAGAAAUGGGACGGAGUGAACCGAGCUAAGGGGUACAUGGACGCGGUGCGAGCGAGGAAAGGUCUUGCCACUGACAAACAGUUGGUCCAACACGCAGAGAAGCAACGAACGCUGUCCAAGAACAAAUAGUUAAUGCUUCCAAUGAGGAUAUCUGUUAGUUUGCGGUUAUUGUUAAUGAUAGUCAACAAACAACUUGACUCAGUAGGCGGAGCCUAGUAGAGCGGGAAGCAAAAGAUACAAGAUGCUUGAUCUACCAAUCCAGUAGAAACGCUGCGCCGAAAAAUUACAAGCAAUGGGUCAAGUUGUUUGUCGACAGCUAUAUCUUAGUAAUUUAUAAAUGCGAUUUGUGAAGAUACUUCGAUGUGUGGAUGUUUGGAUGAAUAAAGUGAUUAGAUGAAGUUAGACACACAGAUAGGCCUUAUCCUGCAUUAAUAUAGGUUUCAUGGUAUCCAAAAAAAAUACAGUGGAAUAUAAGCUACAUUGUAUCCUGUAAAAUACAGUAUAUAUUUUAUAUCGGGAAAGGUAUGUCACACGUGCGAAACCGCGAGCAGCACCUAGCUAUUAAUAAACAUUUAAUUAUUCAGUACAGCUUUUAGUUAGAUUUGCCAAUUCUGUUAACCGUAAACUAUUUAUUAUAAUAAUUACAGCUGGGCCCUUAUUCUGUAUGAUAGUGUAAGCGCGUAACGCGGCCGUGUCAUGUUAUCUUCGAGAAAUGUGCGUGUAAUGGUAUUCUGUAAGCCAAAUUUCUAUAGUCCUAAACAUGAUGCGUUGUGUUACGUGCUUGUUACGCACUGUUAAAAUAACGUGCGGGAUAGAGAAUAAGGCCCCUGGUGCCUUUAUUCUCGUUGCCACAAGUUUGACAGUGCGUUACAAUCACGUAACGCACCGCGUCGCGUUUAGGCAAUAGAAAUUGGUAAACAGAAUAUCAUUCCUCACCAAAUUAAGUCGUGUUACGAGUUUACACUGUCAUAGAGAAUAAGGCCCCAGAAGUAUGUCUCUUUAUCCGUUUUAUAAAAUGACGUCAAAAGCGAUGUGAUAAAUUUAAUUACAAUGUAAUAAAGCAGCUGUUUAUAAUAACUGUUAAAGGUCACAUUAUAUUCGUAAAUUUUAUACCUUAUAUAUAAAAGCUUUAAAACAUUAAAUAGCGUAUUUAUAUAACUGCAUACUAAACAAUUUGUAAAUCGCUCAUAAGCAAAAUAUUACCCCGAGUAAGUUCGUUGUUUAGGCUAAAAAUUUUAUUAUCAGUCAGAUAAUUCAUUGUUUUACUAUAUGAGGCCCUGAAAUAUAUGUAUAUUCGAUAUUUAACAGUAUGUAAUUUUUCAAUUGUGUUUGAAAAUAUUGAAAUACCGCGCUAAUUAAAAAAUUAUAAUUUAUCCAAAUUUUGCAAGCAAAAGUAAUAUUGUUGAAUAUUUUAUCAAGAAAAUAUCGCUGGUACAAUAGUAUUGUAAAAAUGCCUUCUCUAGAAUUUUCCAUCAUACAUUGUAAAUGUAUUUACACAUAACUCAAGCUUUGCCUUAACAUUAUCAAAAGGCGUUAAUUUUGAUAUAACAAAUUUUAGUAUUGGUUAAUUGUUUAAUAGCAAUUAAAUUUUAGUAGUAAAUUAAAUGAUUCAAAUAAAAGUAACGUUUUAUAGAUUUCUACAAGUUAUAAAUACUGAUGUGUUAUUGUCUUUAGAUUUUGUUACUGAUAUUUUUAAAUAAAAUAUUACGAUAAAA